GAUAAGAAGCUCCGAAUGAUCCCACACCCACAUGACAUUCAGCCAUCACAGCGGACAGUCGGGACGAAACGAGGCCGCUCAGUCCGGGUUUUAUUACGAAUUAGAGAGGUGACUGACAUGGAGGAAGACGAGGCCUCAGCUGCUCCGGUGUUAGUCGAAGAGACGAGAGAGGAAGAAGAGUCUCUCCAGGAGACGGUGGUGACGACAGUGACGACGCUGACCUCGGAGGAGACGGAGGAGGCUGAAACUGACGGAGUGUCGGAGGAGGAGAAGGAGGCAGAGAUGGAGGGAGGAGAGGAGAAUGGAGAGGAAGAGGAGGGUAGAGCGAAGAAGCUGCUGGGAAACUGGGAAUCAGAGGCCUCCUCGGACACGAAGCCUCCACUUCCUGACCCGACAUUCAACAGGAGAUGCAGCUUAAUCGUCAGUGAUGUGAAGUAUAAGGAGGACCUGGAGAAGAUGAAGGGUCAGAGUCUGUUUGUUCCUGGAGCCGAACUCAUCCACUCCAAAAACAUCAGCUCUGUGAUAUCUGAGUCUAAGUACAAGGAGGAGGGGAAGAAGGAGGCGUCCAUGUCUCUGUACUCCAUCCUGCCGGAGACUCCAGAGACUCAGCACGCCAGAGAAGCUUCAGAGCUGCAGAGUGAGAUUAAAUACAAAGGAAACAUGAAGACGGAGAUCUCCUCCUCUCUUUAUUCUCUGCUGCCAGAAACAACUGAGACCCAGUUUGUCAAAGAGCUGACGGAGAUACUGAGUGAGAACAAGUACAAGGAGGAAGGAAGGAGGAGGAUGAGCAGCAGUUUGUACUCUCAGCUUCCUGAAACCGCUGAGAUGCAGCUGGCGAAGACGGUCCACGAGUUUCAGAGCGAGAAAAAGUACAAAGAAGACGGGAAGAGAAAAGCCUCCAUCUCUCUUUACUCCCAGCUGCCCGACACGCCGGAAAUACAGCACGCUCUGGAGGUGUCACAGCUGCAGAGUGAGGUGAACUAUCGCCCGAAGAUGCUGGUUAAAGGAGCUCCGUCCUCUCUGUACUCUCAGCUGCCCGACACCACCGACAUCCAGUUUGCCAGAGAGAUGACGGAGAUGCAGAGCGAGAGUAAAUACAAGGAGGGCAGGAGGAGACUCUCUCAGAGCUUCUACUCUCAGCUCCCAGAGACCGCCGACACUCAGUUUGCUAAAUCUGUUGCUGAGCUGCAGAGCGAGAUGCGGUACAAGGAAGCCGGUAAGAAGGGCGUGAACUCGUGUUUGUACUCUCUUCUGCCCGAGACGUUAGAGACGGCUCACGCCAGGGAAAAGUCUGAGCUCUUCAGUGAGAUGAAGUAUAAAGAGGACGGUAAGAAGGAGAUGAGCAUCAAUCUGUACUCUCUGCUGCCAGAGACCAUCGACACGCAGCACGCCAAAGAGGUGUCGAACCUGCAGAGCGAGGUGAAGUACAAAGAAGGUGUGAAGCAGAAGAAUCAGAGCAGUUUGUACCAUCAGCUUCCUGAGACCACAGAGACACAGCUGGCCAAACAGCUGUCUGAGCUGCAGAGCGAGGUGAAGUAUAAAGAAGCAGGAAAGAAGGAAGUGAACACCUGCCUGUACUCUCUGCUGCCCGAGACUCUGCAGACGCAACACGCUAAAGAGACCACAGAGCUGCUCAGCGAGAUUAAGUACAAGGAGAGCGGGAAGAAGGAGAUGUCCAGCUCUCUGUACUCCACUCUGCCCGACACUUCAGAGACCAGCUUCGCCAGAGAGAUGACCGACCUGCUGAGCGAGGCUAAGUACAAGGAGAGCGGGAUGAAGAGUCGCUCACAGAGCGUCUACAGUCAGCUGCCCGAGACCACCCAGACUCAGUUUGCUAAAACUGUUUCUGAGCUGCAGAGUGAGAUGAAGUACAAACAGGGGAAGAAAGAGACGUCGAGCUCUCUGUACUCCACGCUGCCUGAGACUCUGGAGACGCUGCACGCCAGAGAGGCUUCUGAGCUGCAGAGUGAGCUGAAGUACAAGGCGGCUCUGAAGAAGGGUCGCUCCUCCAGUCUGUUCCACCUGCUGCCCGAGACCUUAGAGACGGCCCACGCCAGGGAAGUCUCCGAGCUGCUCAGCGAGGUGAAGUAUAAAGAGGACGGUAAGAAGGAGAUGAGCAUCAACCUGUACUCCGUGAUGCCCGCGACCAUCGACACUGAACACGCUAAAGAGGCGUCGAACCUGCAGAGUGAGGUGAAGUAUAAAGAAGGUGUGAAGCAGAAGAAUCAGAGCAGUUUGUACCAUCAGCUCCCUGAGACCACAGAGACACAGCUGGCCAAACAGCUGUCUGAGCUGCAGAGCGAGACCAAGUACAAGGAGGCGGGAAAGAAGGAGGUGAAAACGAACCUGUACUCUCUUCUUCCUCUCACGAUGGAGACGCAGCGCGCUAAAGAAGCUGCAGAGCUGCUCAGUGAGAUAAAAUACAAGGAAAGUGGGAAGAAGGAGAUGUCCAGCUCGCUGUACUCCGCUCUGUCCGACACGUCAGAGACCAGCUUCGCCAGAGAGAUGACCGACAUGCAGAGCGAGAACAAGUACAAGGAGGACGGGAGGAGAAGCCUCUCUCAGAGCUUCUACUCUCAGCUGCCAGAGACGACAGAGACUCAGUUUGCCAAAACUGUCUCCGGGCUGCAGAGCGAGAUGAAGUACAAAGAAGCAGGAAAGAAAGCAGCGAUGAGCUCUCUGUACUCGACUCUGCCGGAGACUCUGGAGACGCAGCACGCUAAAGAGGCGGCGCGGCUGCAGAGUCAGCUGAAGUACAAGCAGAGCUCAAAGAAAGACUCGUCCAGUUUGUUCCACCUGAUGCCAGAAACCAUCGACACCCAGUUUGCCCGACAGCAGAUGGAGAUGCUCAGCGAGGUCAAGUACAAAGAAGACGGUAAGAAGGAGAUGAGCGUCAACCUGUUCUCUCUGCUGCCGGACACCAUCGACCAGCAGCAUGCUAAAGAGCUGAGAGACCUGCAGAGUGAGACUAAAUACAAAGAGGCCAGUAAGAAACAGACAUCAACGUCUCUGUACCACCGACUGCCUGAAACUCUGGAGACACAACACGCUAAAGAGGCUUCACAGCUACAGAGUCAGAUCUUGUAUAAAGAGGCUGGUAAGAAGGAGAUGUCGCGUCCAGUUUACCACCAGCUGCCCGACACUCUGGAGAACCAGUUUGCUCGAGAGCUCAGCGGCAUGCAGAGCCAAAACAAGUACAAGGAGGACGGGAUGAAGAGCCUCUCUCAGAGCUUCUACUCUCAGCUGCCAGAAACUGCUGAGACUCAGUUUGCCAAAAGUGUUUCUGAGCUGCAGAGCGAGACAAAGUAUAAGAAGUCGGGGAGGCAGGAGGCCGGCAGCUGUCUGUACUCGGUGAUGGCAGAAACUCUGGACACGCAACACGCCAAGCAGGUGUCGCAGAUACAGAGCCAGGUGAAGUACAAGGAGGACGUGCAGAAGGAGUUGUCAUCCAGUCUGUUCUGCAGCCUCCCUCAGACCCUCCAGACCGAGUUGGCCAAGGAGGUGACGGAGCUCCAGAGCCAGCUGAAAUACAAAGAAGGCUGUAAGAAGGACGCGUCCUCGUCGCUCUACCACCUCCUGCCCGAGACAGCAGAGAUGUAUUUCGCCAAGCAGAUGUCAGAGAUCCAGAGCGAGACAAAGUACAAGAAGGACAAAGAGGAUCUGCCCAACACUUUGUUCUCUCUGCUGCCUGAAACUCUGGAGACGCAGUUUGUGAAAGAGAUGGCCGAGAUGCACAGCGAGGUGAAGUAUAAGCAGGCUGGGAAGCAGCAGGCGGCGUCGUCUCUUUACUCCAAACUGCCUGAAACUCUGGAGACCAAACGAGCCAAAGAAGUGUCUGAACUGCAGAGUGAGAAAAAGUACAAAGAUGGAGGGAGGAAGGAGAUGACGUCGUCUCUGUACUCUCAGCUUCCUGAAACCUCCGAGACUCAGUUCGCUCGAGAGAUGACGGAGCUGCAGAGUGAGAACAAGUACAAAGAGAGCGGGAGGAAGAGUCAGACCGUCAGCGUUUACUCUCAGCUGGCCGACACCAACGACAUCCAGUUUGCUAAAACUGUUUCUGAAAUACAGAGCGAGACCAAAUAUAAAGAAGCGGGGAAGAAAGAGGCGUCCAGCUCUCUGUACGCAAAGCUGCCGGAGACUCUGGACACUCGGCACGCUAAAGAGGUGUCACGGCUGCAGAGUCAGGUGAAGUAUAAGCAGGACGGGCUGAAGGAGGCGAGCGGCUCUCUGUUCCACCAGCUGCCUGAGACCACAGAGACACAGCUGGCUAAAGAGCUGAGAGACAUUUACAGCGAGGUCAAGUAUAAAGAAGAGGGGAAGAAGGAGAUCAGUAAGAACCUGUACUCACUCCUCCCCGAGACGGCAGAGACGCAGUUCGCCAAGCAGAUGUCAGAGAUACAGAGUGAGACAAAGUACAAGAAGGACAAAGAGGAUCUGCCCAACACUUUGUUCUCUCUGCUGCCUGAAACUCUGGAGACUCAGUUUGUGAAAGAGAUGGCCGAGAUGCACAGCGAGGUCAAGUACAAGGAAGCCGGGAAGAAAGAAGCCAGCAGCGCUCUGUACCACCGGCUGCCUGAGACUCUGGAGACGCAGCGUGUUAAAGAGGUUACUGAGCUGCAGAGCGAGAACAAGUACAAGCAGAGCGGGAAGAAGACGAUGGCGUCCAGCCUGUACGCUCAGCUGCCUCAGACGGCGGAGAUCCAGCUCGCCGCCAAGAUGUCCGACCUGCAGAGCGAGAGUAAAUACAAGGAGGACGGGAUGAAGAGCCUCUCUCAGAGCUUCUACUCUCAGCUCUCAGAAACUGCUGAGACUCAGUUCGCUAAAACUGUCUCUGAGCUGCAGAGCGAGGCCAAAUACAAGGAGGCGAGCAGGAAGGAGGCGAGCAGCUGUCUGUACCACCAGCUACCUGAAACUCUGGAGACGCUACAUGCUAAAGAAGCUACUGAGCUGCAGAGUCAGCUGAAGUACAAGGAAGACGGGAAGAAGGAGCUGAGCACCAACUUGUACUCUGUGCUGCCCGAGACCGAAGAGAUGAAGCUCGCUAAAGCCGCCAUGGAGCUUCAGAGUGAGAAUAAAUACAAGCAGAAAGGCAGACUGGAGAUCAGCAGCAGUGUUUUCCACCAGAUGCCUGAGACCAGAGAGACGGAGUUUGUGAAGCAGAUCUCUGAGCUUCAGAGUGAGACGAAGUACAAGAAGGACAAAGAGGAUCUUCCCAACACUUUGUUCUCUCUGCUGCCUGAAACUCUGGAGACGCAGUUUGUGAAAGAGAUGGCCGAGAUGCACAGCGAGAGUAAAUACAAGGAGGCUGGAAAGAAGGAGCUGGUGAACUCUCUGUAUUCUCUGCUGCCGGAGACCAAAGACACUCAACACGCCAAGGAGCAAACGCAGCUGCACAGCGAGAAAGCGUACAGGGAGGAGGGGAAGAAGGACGCCGGCUGCAGUCUGUACAGCCAGAUGCCUCAAACCAUCGAGACCGUCUUCGCCAGAGAGCUGAUCAAGACGCAGAGCGACAAGUUCUACAAGGAGAAGUUUAAUCGUGAGAAGGGGAAGUCCAGCUACACCAACAUGAAAACACUGCCGGAGGUGGAGCACGCCAUGGAGGUCAACAAGAACCAGAGCGAUGUCAGCUACAGGAAAGGCAAAGAGGAGCUUCAUCACUACAACACGGCGGCAGACAGACCCGACAUCGUCAACGCAACCAACGCUGCUAAACUGGCCAGCAAUGUUGCCUAUAAGAACAACAAGCUGCAGGUUCACAGUGACUGCUCUCUUUUAGCCAGAACCGACAUCCAGCACGCCAAGGAGGUUUCAAAACUGGCCAGCCAGGUGAAGUAUAAGGAGAGCUUCGACCGACAUUUAAAGGGCCAGCGACCUCGUUACAACCCGCUGGACUGUCUGUCCUUCAAACACACACAAGCUGCUGCUGCUCUGGCCAGUCAGGUGAAGUAUAAAACCAACCAGAACCAGAAACCAGAAGGUUCUUCAGACCUGCCGAACCUCCUGCAGCUGGAACACGUUCUGCACGCCAGCAAGCUGCAGAGUAACGUGGAGUAUAAGAAGAAGUACGAGCAGAUGAAGGCUCAGUACCACGUCCCUCUGGACACGGCUGAACAGCUCCACCACAAGGAGAACAAGGAGCUGCACAGCCAGGUGAAGUACAGAGAGGAGUACGAGAGGAACAAAGGUCGCUCUCAGAUGGAGUUUGGAGACACUCAGACGUACAAAGUGUCUAAAGAAGCACAGAAGAUGCAGAGUGAGAGGGAGUACCGGAGGGACUAUGAGCAGCAGGUGAAGGGGAAAGCUCUGCUGGACGUGGAUCAGACUCCUGGUUACCUGACAGCCCGACACGCCAGCAGCCUGCUGAGCGAGAAGGAGUACAGGAAGGACCUGGAGCAGGAAGUGAAGGGGCGGGGCUUAUCCGGCAUCGGGCUGGAGGAAACACCUGAACUGCUGAGGGUUAAAAACGCCAGUCAGAUACUGAACCAGAAGGAGUACCGCAGGGAUCUAGAGAGGGAGAUCGUGGGUAAAGGUAUGGAGCUGAGCGCCGACGUUCUUGAGAUGCGAAGAGCCAAACGAGCAUCUGAGAUCCAGAGCCAGAAGUCCUACAAGCAGACGGAGCAGCUCAGAGAAAACUCAUACGGGACGGUCACAGAUACUCCUGAACUGCUGCACGCCUCCUACCUCAAAGACAUCUACAGUCAGAAGAAGUAUAAGGACGAAGCGGAGCGUCUGAAGGGAAGCUACAGUUCUCUGUCAGAAACCCCGGAGAUGGAAAGAGUCCGAGCCAACCAGAGACACAUCAGCUCUCUGCGAUACUGCUGGGACUCCAAACUGAUGCGAGGCCUGUCGUCCUCAGCGACGGAGACACCGGAGAUCGUCCUCGCCAGAGAGAACGCCAAGAGGAUCAGCGACGUCCAGUACAGAGAGGAAGUGGGUCGUGGCACCGCAGUCAUGGACACGCCUGAGAUGGAGCGAGUCCGACGCAACCAGGAGAACAUCAGCUCGGUGAAGUACAGGCAGAGCGCGCUGAAGGCCACCAGCAUCGGAGUGACUCCAGAACUGGAGAGAGUCCGACAGAACCAGGAGAACAUCAGCUCGGUGAAGUACCAGCGCGGGCUGCAGGAGUUGAGGGGGCGGAGCUGCAGCGAGCUCGACACACCUGAGUACAGGCGUGUCAGGAAGACACAAGACUCCGUCUCCAUGGCGAAGUACCACGAGGACUUUGAGCGGGCGCGUGGUCGAGGCUGCACGCCCGGACUGGACGAUCCCAGCAUGGAGCGCUACCAGAGGGCCAAUCAGAUGAUGGGAGAGGCGGGCUACAGCAAAGGGAUCCACCCCCAGGCGAUGGAGAUGGACAGACGACCGGGAGGCAUCAUCGUAGACCUGAAGGUGUGGAGGACAGACCCCGGCUCCAUCUUUGACUUUGACCCUCUGGAGGACAACAUCCAGUCCAGGAGCCUCCGCAGGAUGUCUGAGCGGGCCGACCUCAGACUGAGCCGGCAGCACUCUCAGCAGUCUCUCGCCCUCAGCCAGACUCAGUCCGUCAGCUCUCUGACCUCUGACCUCUGGGACCGCAGCAGCGCCGACACUCCGGCUCCCGUCCUUCCUGGAGCGUAUCAUCAGGGCGUCCAGAUGCAGCAGCAGCAGCAGUAUCACGGCUACAUGCAUCAGACCAGCAUGUCGUCUGUCAGAUCCGUCACCUCCCCGCCACACUCAGCCACCAUGAGAGUUUACCGGGCGCUCUAUGACUACGCAGCUCAGGACCACGACGAGGUCUCGUUCAGGGACGGCGACGUCAUCAUCAACGCUCAGCCCAUCGACGAGGGCUGGAUGUACGGCACCGUGCAGCGGACCGGCAAGUCCGGCAUGCUGCCGGCCAAUUACGUGGAGUGUUGCAACUAGAGGAGCGAAGAAGGAGGCAGAGAGGAGACGCACGGGGUCAAAUGUAAAGAGUCGAAUCCAGCCGCGCUGUUCUGAAGUCAGCAGUCAGUGAUGUUCUCUGCAUUUCACACUCCGUCCACAGUUCAGGUUUUCUUCUUCAUGUGGAAAACAAAUACAGAUAAAGUGACACACACACGAAUUUGGCAUUUUAACGAUAUAUUUAUAUGAAGAUAAAGUUGUCGAGGCUGUUUGAGAAGAAGUGGAUUUAACAAAAACUAAAACGUAGAAAGCAGCUGAAACACUCAGAACAUGACAGACUGCUGACACCAGCUGACGGAGGAGACGAGGACGGAGGCAGGAACAGUAAAUCUAGCAUGCUGUCAAUAACUUACGUAUGUCAACUUUUACAACUAGAGGAGGGAAUGAGAGGAAGGAUGCAUGAGGAAAGCAGGUGUGACAGAUUAGAAACAUCUGUAAUUAUUUUCAAUGACUUGCAACAAACUAUAACAGAUUAUUGGCUCAGAUUAUUUCAGCGAUUCAAACAGAAUAUAAAUAAAAGUAGUAAUAUAACAAUAAAAUGAUUCAGUCUUGUGUCAGGAUAGGAAGUUAGAGAGUCUGGUGAUGUUCUGGAGUUUCUUAUUGUCGACAAAGAAGACAAACCAACAGCAAACGUGUCUCCUGACAAGCGUUUGUUUGUCCCAAAUACUCACUCCAGCACUAAAUGUGGAUUAAUCCAGCCAACAGAUGUUUGGACUGAGACUGUUUCCUCCUGGUCGUUUGAUAAAAACUACAGUGAGCAGCUGAUUUGAUGUCUUCAGUAGGAACCAAUGAGCUGAGAGCCACAGACAGGAAGUGAGUCCGACGCACAAACACGUUCUCGUUUCAUUUUCCAAUUAGAUUUUUUUGACAAUGAGAAACACAUUAAAACAUCACCAGACUCAUCUUUUAAAGAUGGUGGAGAAGUUAAAAGCAGCAUCAGAGGGAAAAACACAAAGAGCUGACGUCUUUAAAGGAACAGUUCACCUAAAAUGUAAACUCAGUCCUCCUCCUGAUGAUAUAAUGUCAGGUGAAGUGUCGUAGUCCACAGAACAGUUCUGCAGCUUCACAGUGAAACAGAGCUGCAGCGUUCUGCUGAACAACUGAAGCAGCUGAGACUUGAUUUAAAACAGAGAAACAUCAGAAAAACUAAAACACGGCUCCGUACAGCUGAUACGAUCAAUGAUGAUCUCAGCGCUUCUGGACUCUUGGAUUACGUCCGGCGAGCUUUACGGAUCCAUUCUGUGUUUUUCACUGCCAUGUGCUGUUCGUGCAUCUGGCUUCUCACUUGCUCAUUAAAACGCUGCAGUGCUGUUUUGUUGUACGAGAAUAAAACAUCACCUGACUUUACAUCAGCAUGGGUGGCGAGGAGAGAAGGGCUGACCUUUGGUUUUUGGGUGAACUGCUCCUUUAAGAGAUGAGCUGGCGAGGAGGGAGGGACACGUUCCAGAUAACUUGGGAAUGAUGCAACCAAAGGAAGGAGGGAGGAGAGAGGGACGAGUGGAGGAGUUGAAGGAGUGGAUGAGGAGAAUUUAAUCAUUUAUUUAUCCUGAGUUUGAUUCAUGUUCAGGUGAGUGUCGUUUAGUUUUUGACUUCUGAUAUAAUAAAGACGGACAGAUGACGCGGCACAGCUUCAGUUUUGAGCAGCAGCACUAACCUCUGUGUUUGUAAAGGACUAAACUAACUCACUGUGUUUCUGUUUCUUCUAUCAAAUGAUUUUGUUUUGAACUAUCGGUAAAGUUUCACGUGUCUGGAUGGUUUCACCUCCACACAGUGAGCGUUUCUGUGGACUGAACUCUGAACAGACUGUGUGAGGAUGUCGGGCCUUGAGAUUUCUGUAUGUCGCAGAAUAUUUUGAUACACGGGCUCCAGUUUCUGUUCUGGACAGAUAUAUUUUACUCUACCUGUGUGUAUCAGUACGUCGUGUUUAGGGUUUGUCGUCUUGCCGUGUGGAUUGCAUCCCGCUCAUGUAUCCAAUAAAAACGUGUCAUUCUAGCUGGAGAGCAUUUUGUAUUUUGUAUGUUUGAUUUCAUAAAUACUAGAUGCAAUAGAAUAUAGUUUACUGAGUAUUCACAUGUUAACUGUGUUGAGUUUGGAGGAGGAACUUCGUCAUCUCAUGAACCCUUUUGUUUUCUCGCACUGAGGAUUUUGGGCUUCUGAUGUCACUGUUGUAAAGUUUUGAUUUAGUCUGUUUGUCAUCACAGAUUAUACUAAGUUUAUUUACAUAUUAUUUGAAAUUAUAUAUCACUCAAUCUCAGUUAUGAUUUUUGCCAUAUGAUAAUUGCCGUGUGUUACAUGUGGUAGAAAUAAAAAAUAAUUUGUCAACAUU